AUGGCAUCCACCACCCUCCUCGCUGUUGCUCUCGCCUUCACCGCCUUCCUCCUGGCCCUCAUCAUCCUCAUCGCUACCCUCGCCGUCUUCUAUUUCAAGGAGACAUACAAAAUCGAAGUCAUCCUCACCCGCCAACCCACAACCCCCACCGUCGAUCUCACCCCCGAGUGGCCUGCUGGAGUACAAUCCCCUCAAUGGCACCCACCACUCUUCUCGUCGCGCUCCUCCUUUGCAGUUGGUUCCUCAUCAUCGUCCUCAUCCUCCUCAUUGCAUUCGCCGUCUUCUUCCUCAAGGAGACAUACACCAUCAAGUUCCAACUCAACCGCACCCCCACUCCUCCCUCCACCACCCCCAUUGACAAGCAGGCCCUCAAUUGUGGUGAACCACAUCACUCCCCUUGCCACCGCCACCCUCGCCGUCGUCGACGAGCAACCCCACCUCCUCCUCCUCGCCCUACUGGGCUCAUUCCUCAUCAGCCUCCUCGCCAUCCUCGCCCUCGCCCUCAUCGUCCCCCUCACCCUUCGAAUCACCAUCCGACAUCUAGAGAAGGAACACCAUUGGGCGUACAACAUCGCCACCACUGCUCAGCGCCCCCUCCCCCAUAUCAACACCCCCCUGCUGGUCAUCGUCGCUAAUCGGGACAACAACAAUCCCUCCCAGGUAUACUUUGAAUACAUCAGGGAGCAUCAAGAUUAG